AUGUCUAUUAUUACUGGCUAUUCUACUCACGAUAUUCGCUUUCCCACCUCUCUCUCUGGCGAUGGCACUGACGCAAUGAACACUGAUUGCAAUUACUCUGCUGCUUAUGUCAUCCUCAAUACUACUCCCAAUGCUGAUUCUAAUGCUGCUGCCUCUGAUACCCUCAAAGGAUUUGGAAUGACUUUCACUAUCGGUAAAGGAAACGAUAUAGUCAUCGAAGCUAUCAAACAGCUCUCAGAUAAGCUCGUCGGUAUGCCUAUAGAGAGCCUUUUCUCUGACAUGGGUGCUAUGUGGGAGCUUCUGACCUCAGACAGUCAACUUCGAUGGAUUGGUCCAGAAAAGGGUGUUAUUCAUCUUGCGACUGGGGCUGUAGCCAAUGCUGUUUGGGAUAUGUACGCUAGAUCUCGCAAUAAGCCUCUGUGGAAGCUUAUCGUUGACAUGACUCCUGAAGAGAUUGUCAAGUGUAGCUCUCUCAAAUACCUCAGCGAUGCUCUUACACCUGAAGAAGCUGUCCAAAUGCUGCACGAGAGGCAGUCAACCAAAACUGAGCGCGAGAAAAGAGCUUUACAAGAAGGUUUAAGAGCUUAUUCUACUAGUGUCGGUUGGAUGGGUUACACCACCGACAAGGUUCAGAGACUCACAAAAGAGGCACUCGAUCUUGGCUUCAACCAUUUUAAACUUAAAGUCGGCGUUUCAGUGGAUGAUGACUUGGCUCGAGCCAAGGUGAUCAGAGAUAUCAUCGACGAUCCUCAGUAUCAGAACAAGGAUAAGCGGGUACACGCUAAGACUAUUGAAGGGAAGAAUGCAGGUCCCACUGGCAACGUCUUAAUGAUUGAUGCAAACCAAGUUUGGGAUGUCGAAGAGGCUAUAGCGUACGUCAAGAAACUCGAGCAAUGUAAACCAUGGUUCAUUGAAGAACCCACAAUGCCUGAUGAUGUCUUGGGUCAUGCUAGAAUACGCAAAGGGUUGAAAGAUAUCGGAAUCGGAGUAGCUACUGGAGAACACUGCGCAAACAGGGUUCUAUUCAAGCAGCUUCUUCAAGCAGGAGCUAUAGAUGUUCUCCAAAUAGAUGCAUGUCGUCUCGCUGGAGUUAAUGAAUGCCUAGCAGUGAUGCUGUUGGCUGCCAAGUUCGGUGUACCAGUAUGUCCUCAUGCUGGUGGUGUCGGGUUGUGUGAAUACGUUGUUCACUUGUCCAUGAUCGAUUUCAUUUCCAUAGCACCCACAUUCGAUCGCAACGUUGUCGAGUGGGUCGACCAUCUACACGAACACUUCAAGUAUCCGGUAAGCGUCAAUUCACAUGGCAGAUAUAAUGCACCUCUGGACAAAAGUUGUGGAUAUAGCAUCGAAAUGCAUCAGGAAUCGAUCGAAAAAUAUACUUACCCAGAUGGAUCAUAUUGGAAAUAUGAACAUCCCACCAUCAUUAGCAAGCUGCAAGAAGGGAGAAGAUAUGUGUGA